GGCGGUCCGACGGCCACUAUCUCCAGCCCUUAUCAGCUCACCGCCUCCGCUAUCAGCGCCGUUCGGUAUCUUCUCCCGGCCAGCUUCUUUUUCGCACAACUUCUGAGUCACGACGACAGCUCUCCUUCGUGUCGAGUUCUGCUUCAAGCGUGCUCUUUGCUUUCUGUUUUUCCUUUUCGUUUGUGGUUUUGAUUGCAGAGCUUUGAUUUUUUCAAUUGCUUAUAUACCGUCCUAUUCCCAACCAGCAAGCAAGAAGACCAAAAAAAACCCCCCGAAACCAGAGAUGUCGGCUUCUCUUCCGGGGAACAGGGACCUCCCUGUGUCGCAAUAUGACUUGAAUACUUACUGGGGAAGAGUGAGGCAUGCUGCUGACAUUUCAGAUCCGAGGAUGCUUUUUGUUUCAUCUGCCGGAUUAGAAAAUGCUAAACGCCUCAUUUCACAAUAUAAGCAAGGACUGGUUCCUACAAUGUCACCGGAACUAUGGAAGGCGAAGAAGAUUGUGGAUUCGACAUUGCAUCCUGAUACUGGAGAACCUGUCUUUCUUCCGUUCCGCAUGUCAUGCUACGUUCUUUCGAACUUGGUCGUAACGGCUGGUAUGCUUACGCCAGGGCUGAAGACUACCGGCACACUCCUCUGGCAAAUUGCCAACCAAUCCCUCAACGUGGCAAUCAACAGUGCAAAUGCAAAUAAAUCCACCCCUCUCUCCGUCUCACAAAUGGCCCAAUCAUACGUCAUGGCAGUAUCCGCUUCUUGUUCCGUAGCACUGGGUCUCAAUGCAGUCGUGCCUAGGCUUAAACGUGUCUCCCCCAACACGAAACUCAUCCUGGGCCGUCUCGUCCCCUUCGCAGCCGUCGCCAGCGCGACGGCACUCAACGUCCUCCUCAUGCGCGGCGAGGAAAUUCGCCAGGGAAUAGACGUCUUCCCCGUUCUCUCGGAGGCGGAGAAGAAGAAACGUGAAGAAACCGGUGAACCGGUCGAAAGCCUAGGCAAGAGUAAAAAGGCGGCGACGCUCGCCGUCGGUGAGACGGCCGUUAGCCGUGUCUUGAAUGCUACGCCAAUCAUGGUCUUGCCACCGUUGAUCCUCGUCAAGCUGGAGAAGACGGAGUGGCUAAAGUCACGGCCACGAAUGGUCCUCCCUGUUAAUCUGGGUUUGAUUCUGGCGACGUCUCUAUUUGCGCUGCCAUUGGCUCUGGCGGCUUUUCCACAAAGGCAGGCCGUGAAGGCGCAUACGCUUGAAGAGGAAUUCUGGGAGCGUGGUGGUAAGGAUGGACAGGUUGAGUUUAAUCGGGGGAUGUAACAUAGGAGUCGAGUCCAUGGGGUGGUAGAGAUGAGCAUCUACAGUUUAUUUAUAUCCUUGGCAGAAAAAAAGAUAUCGGAAGUGUUAUUUUGAUGGACACGUUAUUUUGAUAGAAAUAAUUGCAUAUAUAGAGCUGUGUGUAGAGCCAUAACAAUAGGUGACCUAAAUC